AUGAACAACGAACAAAUAGAAGAAUAUGAAUCAUUAAAAGAAGUUUUUAAAUAUAAUGACUUAAUUAAUUUUAAUAAAAUAGACCAAAAUCAUUAUCGAGUUCAUAUUUGUUUUUCUUCUUCUUGUUCUUUAAUUCUAUUUUAUUAUUUACCAAAUAAUUAUCCUUUUGAAGAAAUUCCUCGUUUUGAAGCAAAAACAAAAAAAAAUUGGUUAAGUGAUGGUCAGUUAAAUGUUUGUGUUGAUGAAGCUGAGAGAAUAGCAAAUGAAUAUAAAGGAGGACAAUGUAUUUAUGCAAUUGUUGAUUAUUUACAAAGUGAAGAAUUUCUUCAAAAAAUUAAUGCUAAAAUUUAUAAAGAUGAUGAAGCAGAAAAAGAGAUUCAAGCAAAACAAGAAAUUAUUUCUAAAGAAGAAAAUGAAGAAAGUGUUAUGCAUGGACUUUCAGUAAAAGGAAUUCCUAUUUUUGUUUCUAAUCCAAUUAAUGAUCGUAAAAGUAAGUUUAUUGCAUUUGCUGCACCAGUAACUAAUGAAAAAGAAGUUAGAAUUGUAUUUGAAGAGUUAUUAAGAAAUAAAAAGAUAUCUAUAGCAACUCAUAAUAUUCAAGCUUAUAGACUAGAAAUAAACGGUUCUAUUAUUUGUGAUUUUGAUGAUGAUGGUGAACAUGCUGCUGGUAAACAAUUAUUAAAAAGUCUUGAACAAAUAUCUGCAACUAAUGUUUGUGUUAUGGUUUCACGUUGGUUUGGAGGAAUAUUAUUAGGACCUGACAGGUUUAAAGAUAUCAUAAUGGCUGCACAAGAUGCCAUUAAUAUUAUGAAUACAUCUUUACAAACAACAAGUACUACAAAAGUAAAGAAGAAUUAA